AUGUUGAUUACACUCAUCUUCUGGUUCUGCAUUGGGAGAAUUAUACAUGCAGGUAUGCUUGUAACCAGAGGUGGAGGAUGGCUGCCCACUGGCCGCCCUGCCUGCCAAGCCAUAAACGCCCAAAAGCAGAAAUGACUUUUUCAAUAGUAAGUCAAUGACUCAUUUCUAUCGCUUGGCCCAAUGGCUUGGCUUGGCCGUCAAGCCAAGGGCUGCCUUCCUAAUCCUCCACCUCUGCUUUUAACAAAUAAAAAUGUCUUGAUUUCGGUCUUAACAAGUGCCUGAAAUUUUUUUUAAAGAUGGAAUCGCUACUUCCAUUUCUACAUCUGCAGCAACAUCAGCCAACCUCUCCUCUGCGCAUGAGCCGCCGUCCACAUCACCUCCUCUACUCUUCGUCAUUGACGACGAGCUGACCAAGCUUGCCGCUUCCUGCAUCACACCUCUAGAGCACGAGCAACUGUCAGGCGAUUUAAUAAGACACUUGCACGCGCGGGGUUUCAAUCAUCAUUUGAUCACCGAAGCGGCCGAUAUAAUUGCUUCGACGGAAAUGCGCGCUGCUCUCGGAUUCGCUCCUCCAGGACCCUGGACAAACUAUAGGAAGCCGAGUGCAGACGAGCUCACAUCCUCCUUGACCAUGGAGGAAUACUUUGAUUUGAGGGAGCGCAGCAAAGAUAGAAGUCUCGAUAGCGAGUACUUUUUUGAAAAAAAUUUCCCUCCCGUUAUCGCGUUCUUGGACAAGCGCUUUCCCACUAUUCGCACUAUUUUUAAGCGUAAAUUUCAAGAAAUUCUUUCGGUCAACCUUGGAGGCAAAAUAGACAGAAAAACAGUUGAUCAUAUCAUCUACAAUUAUAUUAACGACAUUUACCCCAAAGUAAAUCAUGCCAUUUAUCGAAUGCUUCUUGAAAAGGCUGAAUGCAGGCAGCUCAGUUAA